AUGACCGCCGAGGGUGAAGCAGGCGUGUUUGCCUCGUGCAGAUUCUGCCUUUCCCCGGCCAGCUCAGAAGACGGGAGUCUCGUCACUUUGAUCGAGUCCAAUGGCGGCCGUGUCGAUAAUUAUCUCACGGACAUGUCGACGCAUGUUAUCGUGGAGGACACGGAGGGCGACUCUGAUCUCAUUUCCGAGGCGAGAGACUUGUACGAGAAACCUGUCGUCACGCCUCGAUGGGUUCGAAUGUGCAUUCAAGCCAAACAACUCUUGGCUCUCGAGGGAUUCAAUCCUCAAAAUCGCCUCUUCCAUGGCAAAACCUUCUGUAUUUCGAAAUUGGAGAAAACCGAUCUGCGCUCCUUGUGGGCGAUGAUCACUUUCAACGGAGGUCAGAUACAGCUUUCCAUGGACUCGAAGUGCUCGCAUUUAGUCACUACAAGGUAAGGAGGAUGUCACAAAAAAUAUUCCAAAGCAAACGCUCUGGAAGACAUCGAAAUAGUCACUCCUGAUUGGAUCGCGGACUGUGUCGCACGGAAGGAGUUGGUCUGCUGUGAGGCCUAUCAUCCGUCGCUGCUUAUUACGUCCAAAGAACCCUCCCCUCCACCCGCUUCGACCCCGACUCCGCCAGCUGCGGGAAUAAAGCUCGAGCCGUCGACGACGCCCGUGCCAACGACUCCAACAACGCCCCAACCCCAGCCGAUCGUGAACUCCCGACCGGAAAGCGUCUCCUCUAUGGGCCCGACUCCCCCGCCGCCCCAACUUGCCUCUCCAGUCCAACAGAGUAUGGCGGGUCCGCAACCAAUGCAGAGCCCGCAGCCGAUGCAGAGUCCUCAACCUAUGCAGAGCCCUCAACCGAUGCAGAAGCCGCCACCAAAUACGGGACCAAACAUGCAGGGACAGUUGGCGCAGAUGCUGGCAGGUGGCCAACGGGUUCCAACACCCAACGGACCUCCAAUGAGUCAAGGACAACAGAUGGUGAUGGUUAGCGGGAAAACAGUCGGGGGCCAACAGGUGGUGAUGCAAGGUCAGCGCAUGAUGUUCCAGCAACAGCAGCAGCCGCAACAGCAGAUGCAGACACAGCAACAGCAGCAGCAGCAACAACAAGUAGUGCAGCAACCUCCAUUGUCCCCGAGUCCCCAAAUGCAACAACAACAGCAACAACAACAGCAGCAGCAGCAACAGUCCUCUCAGCUGCAACAGCACGGCAUGCCCCUGCAAAACCCUCAGGGACCUCCGCAGAUGGUAAGGCAGCAAUGGGUUGGUCAGCAAGGACAACAACUGACGCCCCAACAAGUCCAAAUGCUCCGACAGCAGCGCCAUCGCAUGGUCUUGACGCCCGGGUCGAACGGACAGCGUCUGGUGGUGGCGAUCCCGGAGCAGCUGCAGCAAAUGCGCAUCCGCGCGCCGAUGGGACAGCCCGGAGGGCAGAUGAUGGGACCGCAAGGCCAAAUUAUCAAUCAAUCAGGGGGACCAGCCAUGAUGGGACCCCAGGGUGGCCAAGGGGUCCAGCAACAGAUCAGAAAUCCAAAUCAAGGAAUGAUCCCUCAGGGGGGACAACAAAUGAUGAUGUCUCCUCAGCAACAGCAACAGGUGCAACAAUCCCAAAUGAGACCGAUGGGCCCCCCUGCGCCUGGGAAACCGAUGCAGCGGCCGCAGCAAGGACCACAGUCUCAGCAACAACAAUUACAGCACCAGGGUGGCGUGAAUCCGCAGUGGCGAUUCCAACAAAACCAGAUGCCGGGUCAGACUUCUCCAGGCGUCAGUCCCCAGGGUCCCCCUACGAUGCAAUGGCAACAGCAAGACCCCAUGAUGCAGCAGCGAGUUCAGCAAGAUCCGAUGUAUCAGCAGCGAGUCGAAAUGCAAAGACGUCAAAUGAUGCAACAGAUGGCGUCUCAAAUCGUACAGGGCCCAAUGGCUCAGAACGGACAGAGAAUGAUGGUUCCCCAACAGAUGCGCAUGCCCAUGCAAAAUCAACAGAGGAUGCCAAUGGGACCGGGUCAAGUCCAGCAGAUCUCUCAGCAGAGAUUCGUGGGCUCCAUGGGUCAACCCCUGAUCCAGGGCCAGCCGCCUCCCGGCGUGAAAGUCAAUCCUCAGACCAAAACCGCUCUCGCGAACCUCCUGAACAAUCGGUUGGGAGGCAGUCAACAAAACGAGAUGGGAAUCGGAUUCCCUCCGAGUCCGAUGCAGCAAGGAUCCAUGGGGGCCCCGAUACAGGGCGUCAUGCGUUACCAGGCCGUGGCUCCGGACAGUGCGAUUCAGCAACAGGGCCAACAGGCUCCCCCGAACCAAUCUCUCCAACCUCAAGCCGUGGCCUAUCGACCGCCAGGACCCCCGGUUCGCGCGGUCCGCCCGGAGUUCUUGGGGAGCUCGGCUCCGCAAGAGGCUCUGGUUGGACACGAGGCGUCGGCGACCGUUCCGGCUGACGUUCUCUUCAUCGGAUGUACAUUCUUCUUCGCGUUCAGUCAUUCGCAAGAGUUCAGCAAGGAGCAGAUCCGAAUCGCUCGAGAGGUCUGUCUCGAAAAAGGCGGGGUCGUUGUCGAUGCGUACGAUGCGCAGGUCACGCACGUAGUGUGUGAGCAUCAGGGUCAGCAGCUCGUGGAACAAGCGGUUGUCGAGGGCAAAAGAGUUGUCACCUUGUACUGGAUCAACGACGUUGUUCUCAAAGGCAAGAUGGUUCCUCCGUGGCAAGCCCUCCACCUGCCCACGGCCUACGGACCUCGUGAGAUGCCCUGCCAACAGCAUGUCAUCGCGACGACAGGCUUCAGUGGAGAGGAGAGACUCCGAAUCCGAACCAUGAUCCGGAAGGUCGGUGCCAAGUAUUCCACCUGUAUGACGCGAGAGAAUUCUCUACUCAUCGUCAAAUCUCGGCGGUGGAACGAGAACGGGGAGAAAUAUCGUAAAGCUCAAGAAUGGAACAUGACUUGUGUAAACGCCGUAUGGCUUCAUGACGUCAUGCUCGGUCAUUAUGAAGCUGUCAGGAUGCCGAUGGCGCACAAAUAUCAAGUCAGUGAUACCGAGGUUCUAGCGACGAGGAUAGACUUCGGGAUCGCUCAACCGCUCCUAGUCGCGUGGAAGGUUCCCAUCAGAGUCACUGAUGAGCAUUGGAAAACUUUCUCCGAGUCAGAGGUCAGCAAGGGGAUUCAGAAACGUAAAGAAAUCGCGGAGCGCGAGGCCAACAAAAAGAAAAAGCCGACGAACGACGAAAAUUGUGUGACGGUCACGAAUCCUAAUCCUCCGUCCGAAGGACAGCGGCCGGUGGUCCUAUUCUCCGGCAUUAUCGACCCAGAACCGCUGAAGCGAAUGGUCCUUCAGCUCGGCGGACAGAUUGCCAAAUCCGCGAAAGACGCUACACAUCUCGUACUUCCGAAGUUCUGCAGAACUAUCAAAGUGAUGUGCGCCGUGAAUUACGUGAAACAUAUCUGCAGCCCGGACUGGGUCCACGAGUCUCACAAAGCGAAUACGUUUUUGGAUCCCAUGGAUUAUUGGUUGCAAGACACCGACGCCGAAAAUCAGUUCGGUUUCAAUUUGCGUUACAUCUACGCGCAGAGACAGCAUUGUGCGCCCCCUCCCCUGAAGGGCUGCAUGUUUUACGUGACGCCGGGGUGUCUUCCAACGAUCCCCGUGUUGAAGGACGUCAUCGAGUCGGCCGGCGGUUCAAUGUAUCUCAACAAAAGACCCACGAUCAAGCACAUCAACCAAGUGAAUGAGAAUCCACAAACGAAGUUCUUCUGUAUUACAUGUGAAGACGAUCUCUAUAUGUGCAAGGAGCUUAUCGAAAAUCAAAUACCCUUAUAUAAUGUUGAACUUAUCUUGAGCAGUAUUCUGAGGCAGAAAGUUGAGCCCGAAGAAUACCUGCUCGACUGCUGUGUAUAGUGGAACGAUUUCCAUUUGAAGUUGUCUGUUUCCAUCUUCGGGACGUAACAGUGUUUCGUUCGAUUCGCGCCAAAAAAAAGUUAAAUCCAAUGCAAUACAAUGGUUCUCACGAAAGGAUAAGCCUACAGUUUAAUAGUCGAACUCUGUACUGUACAGUCUUAAUUGUAUAUAGCUCUUUUUCAAUUUGAGUGAGCAGAUUUGAUUUCGAGAGAGCCUCGAACUCCUGGAGUGAAUAUUUUUCCCAAGGACAUAUCCACGCAGAAUUCUGUAAAUAAAGGUUGCUGAUUCGAUUCAUCAAUUU